AUGAGAGGCCAAAAGGCAGGCAAGUAAACCGCCACCAAGUCCCUUGAGUCUGUGUUGAUGGGAACUGUGAGGUAGAUGUCUUUGAGGUCCAGCUUCACCAUCCAAUCUGCGGUGAGGAGUAAAUCACGUAGAAGGUGGAUCCCGUUCAUUUUGUAGUGCCUCUAGCACACCAGGGCAUCAAGGAGGUUGUCCGCCCUUUUUCUGAAACAGAAAUAUGUUGCUCAUAUAUGCAUGAGCGGUUGGACAUGCGGGUUCUAUCGCCCCUUUGAGGUGUAAUUCCUUCAGUUCUGCAUUAACCAUGUGCAGGUUGGACCUGCAGAAUACAAAAGGAUGGGAAGGACACAACUGCAUAGGGGUCAUUACAAAUUCUAUGCGGUACCCUCGGCCUGUCUGGAGGACCCAGGUGUCCAAGGUGACAGAGGACCAAAUUUUAGAAAAAUAGAUGGUGACUCACCAACGAACGGUCUAGAUGAGGACGAUCCUCUGGAACACCAGGGAUGACCCCUAUGUAGAAAGUGUAACGAGAAUAUACCCCUACACGCAGGAUCCAGCUAAACAGAGGCAAAUACAGAGGAGAGAUACGUCUACCGGACCUUAGAAUGGCCGGACUCGACGUAUAUGAGAGGAGACAGAGCCAGGAACAAACCGAGGUCAAGGGCACAGAGAGACAGCGUAAACUAGGACAAGCCGGGGUCUGGUACACGGAAAACAGCAAGCCGGCAAACAGUACAGAUAAGGAUAAAGCGAAAACGAAGUCAGAAUACGAAGCCAAAGUCAAUACGAGAAAACACAACUGAACACCACAAGCGCUAAAGGGAACUGAAACAGAAACCACGAUAGGGCAACGAGCUAAGGGAAAAAGGUAAGUUUAAAUAGCUUUUAAACGAAAGUGAUUGGCUCCUGUCACUUCCACACCCCCUAUAGGUAAUUGUACAGGGAGUGUGGUAUGACAGGAGCCAAUGGGAGCCUUUUGGCAAUUAGGCUCCCACUGUCUCUUUAAGAGCGCGCCCGAGACUCGCGGCGCGCUCUUAGUUUCAGGCGGGACACGUGACCGCCUCACGCGGUCACUGCCCGCCUUCCAUCCAAAGCAGUUGGAUGAGCCGCGCGCGGCUCGUGCAGCCGCAGGACCGCGCGCGGCUUGAAGAGAGGACCGCGACCGCCCCCCGGUUAAGGUAAGUAACGCUACAGUACCCCCCCCUGAGGACACGCCCCCCGGGCGGGUAGGACCAGGCCUGGCAGGAAAACGAGAAUGGAAAGAGCGCACAAGACGGGGAGCAUGGACAGCAUCAGCCGAAAUCCAACUGUGCUCCUCAGGCCCAUAACCCUUCCAAUGUACCAAGUACUGAAGUCGACCCCUAAGGAAACGAGAGUCAAGAACAGCAGACACUUCAAACUCCUCAUGACCCUCCACCGAGAUAGGAGGGGGAGGAGGAGUAUGCCGGGUAUAGCGGUUGCGUACGAAAGGUUUCAACAAUGAGGUGUGAAAAACAUUAGGAAUACGUAGAUUCUUAGGCAGGCCUAAGGCAUAAGAAACAGGAUUAACCUUAUGUAUAAUACGAUAAGGUCCAAUGAAGCGGGGAGCCAAUUUCAUAGAAGGCACCCGGAGACGAAUAUUCCGCGUGGAAAGCAAAACCCUGUCCCCCACAACAUAGGACGGAGCUGCUCUGCGAUGCUUGUCAGCCUGAGCCUUCUGGCGAGUAGCAGAGUCCACCAAAGAACGCUGAACCUGCUCCCAAGUAUUACGCAAACCAGCCAAAUGCUCAUCCAGAACUGGCAUGCCCUGUGAGGAGAAUGCAGCCGGAAGAACAACGGGAUGCUGGCCAUAGACAACGUAAAAAGGGGUCUUGCCGGAAGAAUCAUGAGUGGCGUUAUUCCGAGCAAAUUCAGCCCAAGGAAGCAGGUCAGACCAAUUGUCCUGAUGGUGAGACACAAAACAACGGAGGUAUUGCUCCAGAGACUGGUUGGCACGUUCAGCAGCCCCAUUAGACUGGGGAUGAUAAGCGGAAGAAAAUGAGAGAGAAAUACCCAUUUCUGAACAAAAGGCCCUCCAGAACCUGGAAAUAAAUUGGCUACCCCUAUCGGAUACAAUAGAUACGGGAAUCCCAUGUAAUCGAAAUACUUCUCUAGCGAAGAUAUGAGCCAGUUCCUUGGAUGUGGGCAACUUGUGAAGAGACACGAAGUGAGCCAUUUUGGAGAACCGAUCCACUAUCAUCAGGAUUACUGUGUUACCAUUUGAAGGGGGUAAUUCAACAAUAAAAUCCAUGGACAGGUUAGACCAAGGUCUCUCGGGAACGGGUAACGGAUGCAACAGCCCACAAGGAACUCUACGGGAGGAUUUCAUACAGGCACAAGUAGUACAAGCACUUAUAUAGUCAGUGACAUCCUUUCGUAAGGAAUCCCACCAAAAAUACCGAGAAACAGCUGACACCGUUUUGGAAAUACCAGGAUGUCCAGCAGUCUUAGUAUCAUGAUAUAAUGACAUAAUAUCCCGUCUCUCAGGAACAUCAACGAACAGUUUAUCAUUAGGCCUCUCGCUAGGUGCCAUGCUUUGUUUCGCUUGUAUGGCCUGCAAGAGGGACGAGGAAAUAGACAAAAUAGUAGUAGCUAUUAUCCUGUCUGGGGGAAUGACAGGAGUAACAUCAAUCUCCUGUUUGUCAGUAGUUUCGAACUGUCUGGACAGAGCGUCUGCUUUAGUGUUGCGAUCACCUGGCCUAUAGGUGAUAAUAAAAUUGAAACGGGACAAAAAUAGUGACCACCUAGCCUGCCUGGAAGACAAUCUUUUGGCUUCGCUAAGGUAGGAUAGGUUCUUGUGAUCCGUAAAAAUGAGGAUAGGAUCCUUAGUUCCUUCUAACAAAUGUCUCCACUCUUUAAGUGCUAAAAUAAUAGCAAGGAGUUCGCGAUUACCCACAUCAUAAUUUUUCUCUGCUUUGGACAUUUGUUUAGAAAAGAAGCCGCAUGGAUGCAAUGGCUUUUCAGGCGACUCUCUUUGGGAUAAGACAGCACCUACCCCAAUAUCCGAAGCAUCAACUUCAAGAAUAUAGGGCAGUGAGGGGACAGGAUGCUGUAAAAUAGGUGCAGAGGCGAACGUAGUUUUAAGAAAUUCAAAAGCCUGAAGUGCCUCGGUAGACCAAACACGAGUAUUGCCAUCCUUUUUAGUCAUACGGGUAAUAGGUGCUACAAUGGACGAGAAACCUUUGAUAAAACGUCUAUAAUAAUUGGAGAACCCAAGAAAACGCUGAAUAGCUUUCAGACCUUGCGGUAGAGGCCAUUCUAUUACAGCAGCAAGCUUCUGGGGAUCCAUACGAAAACCUUUAGCGGAAAUCAAAUACCCCAAGAACUGGACUUCGGUUUGGUCAAACAGACAUUUUUCUAGCUUGCAAUAAAGACCAUUAGCAAGAAGGGUCUUCAAAACUGUCGUAACAUGUCUGUGAUGAGUGUGUAUAUCUGUAGAAUAUAUUAAAAUGUCGUCCAAGUAUACGAUAACAAAUGUGUGAAUAAAAUCUCUUAAGACAUCAUUAAUAAAUUCUUGGAAUACUGCUGGGGCAUUGCAAAGCCCAAAUGGCAUAACAGUAUAUUCGUAAUGACCGGAUCUAGUGUUGAAUGCAGUCUUCCAUUCGUGAUUUUCCUUUAUACGUAUCAAAUUGUAUGCACUCCUAAGGUCUAAUUUAGUGAACACAGUGGCAUGUUUCAGCCUGUCAAAUAAUUCUGUAAUUAAAGGUAUAGGGUAUGCAUUUUUGAUAGUGAUUUUGUUUAGACCUCUAUAAUCUAUACACGGUCUUAAAUCACCUUCUUUCUUCGAUACAAAGAAGAACCCUGCUCCAGCUGGAGAAGAUGAUCUCCUAAUAAACCCCUUUUCUAGUGAUUCCUUAAUAUACUCCUCCAUGACACGGUUUUCUUGAACCGAUAAGGGGUACACCCUGCCCUUUGGAGGUAUAGUGCCAGGCAACAAGUCAAUAGCGCAAUCAUAGGGUCUGUGAGGCGGUAAUUUCUCAGCCUCCCUUUUAUCGAAAACAGUCUUUAGAGAUAAAUACUGAGGGGGUAUAACCGUAGACAAAGGAGGACUGGUAGGUACCUCAAUAGAAUUCAAAGGUGUGACUUCCAACGUACAAGACUCGUGGCAGGCCUCACUCCAUGAUUUUAUUUGCCCUGUCUCCCAGUCAAAAAUGGGAUUGUGAGCACGUAACCAUGGAUACCCUAAUACUAACUGUGAAGAGGGAGAGGUGAUGACCUGGAAUCGAAUGGUUUCAUAGUGUAAAACCCCUGUGUACAUGUGUAAUGGUACAGUCUCAUGAGUAACAACUGGAGAACUUAAUGGUCUACCAUCUAUGGCCUCAACGGCCAAGGGUAUCUCCUUCUCUCUGAUGGGAAUGUUGUUUCUCUUUAUAAAGCCAGAGUCUAUAAAAUUUUCAGCUGCCCCAGAGUCAACCAGAGCAUAUAUGUUGUCAACUAUACAAAUCUCUCCCAUAUAUAAAGAAACCGGGAGAAGCAAGCGGUUAGGAGGCAAUUUAGGAGACUUAGAUAUCACACCCAAGGCCAGUCCCCUAUAAGGUCUUAGGUGCGAGAGUUUUCCGGGAGUAAAGGACAUUCCUUUACCAUAUGGUCUCUCCUACCACAGUAUAGGCAGAGUCCCUCCCUUCUCCUAUGUAAUUUCUCAGUAUCAGAGAGUUUGGCAACCCCUAAUUGCAUAGGUUCCUCCUCAGACACUUUAACACUCUCUGGUAUAUUAACUCUGGGGUUAAUGGGUGUAACAAAACGUCUAUUCCUGUUCUUGGUAUAGAGCCUGUCACGAAUUCUAUUAUCUAUAUCAAUGAGGUAAUCGAUAAGGUCCUCUAAGGCAAUAGGAAGCUCCUUAGCUGCUACCUCAUCCAAUAUCGUAUCUGACAAACCUUCCAUAAAGGCAGUAGUUAACCCAUUGUUGGUCCAAUCUACCUGCGAAGCAAGAGUGCGAAACUGAAUAGCAUAAUCAGCCACAGACCUAGAACCCUGUUUAAUUCUCAUUAAUGCUCUCGCGGCAUUCUUUGACCUUUUCAUUGUGUCAAAAGUUCUACGAAAAGCCGUAAGAAAACUGUUGAAAUCAUGUACCAUAGGUCCAUUAGCUUCCCAAAUAGGAUUUGCCCACUCAAGUGCCUUAUCGGUAAGUUGGUGCAUAAAGAACCCAACCUUAGACCUCUCUGUGGGAAAUGAACGUGGAUACAUUUCGAAGUGAAAUUCAAUUUGAUUAAUAAACCCUCUGCAAGUCUUAGAGUCCCCUCCAUACCUAGGAGGAGGUGUUAAAUGGGCCGAAGUAUUAGGCAAAGUAGAUACUUCAGGGAGAAGGGGCGUAGGAGGGUUAGGUGUGGUUGCUGGAACGGUUCUAGCUAGGAGCGUCUGGAGAGCCUGAGCUAUCUGAUCCAUACGGUGAUCCUGCUCUACAAAUCUUGCCUCAUGGGACGCCAUCUGUUGAGCUAAAUCUGCGGGGUCCAUGGCCCUAUCGUAAUGUAACGAGAAUAUACCCCUACACGCAGGAUCCAGCUAAACAGAGGCAAAUACAGAGGAGAGAUACGUCUACCGGACCUUAGAAUGGCCGGACUCGACGUAUAUGAGAGGAGACAGAGCCAGGAACAAACCGAGGUCAAGGGCACAGAGAGACAGCGUAAACUAGGACAAGCCGGGGUCUGGUACACGGAAAACAGCAAGCCGGCAAACAGUACAGAUAAGGAUAAAGCGAAAACGAAGUCAGAAUACGAAGCCAAAGUCAAUACGAGAAAACACAACUGAACACCACAAGCGCUAAAGGGAACUGAAACAGAAACCACGAUAGGGCAACGAGCUAAGGGAAAAAGGUAAGUUUAAAUAGCUUUAAAACGAAAGUGAUUGGCUCCUGUCACUUCCACACCCCCUAUAGGUAAUUGUACAGGGAGUGUGGUAUGACAGGAGCCAAUGGGAGCCUUUUGGCAAUUAGGCUCCCACUGUCUCUUUAAGAGCGCGCCCGAGACUCGCGGCGCGCUCUUAGUUUCAGGCGGGACACGUGACCGCUUCACGCGGUCACUGCCCGCCUUCCAUCCAAAGCAGUCGGAUGAGCCGCGCGCGGCUCGUGCAGCCGCAGGACCGCGCGCGGCUUGAAGAGAGGACCGCGACCGGCCCCCGGUUAAGGUAAGUAACGCUACAGAAAGAAGGGGGAUGGAGUUAUUGCGUCCUGGUAAGUGCCCCUCUGGGAGGGAAAGGGGGGACCUCGACUCUGUCUGAGUGAGCAUGAGAAGGAGUCACGGCCAGAGGGGCGGCCCCUGUAGCCCCUGGCCCUGGUGGAGACCUUUUUCGUAAAAACCCUGCGCAUAGAGUGUUGCACCUCGUCAAGGGCAGUGAAGGCACCUACAUAUCUGCCUAGGUCUUUGAUAAACGAGGAUCCAAAGAGCAGCCCAUCAGCGUCUUUACCCAUCUCGGUAAGAGCCAGAUUAGUGAGUUUAGGCUCGAUUUUAAAUGAUAUGACUGUCUGUGGAGAGGGAGGUAUUAACGAUGCCAGCAUGAAAAAUGACUCACUGGACCCAACCACUCAUGAGAUGGGGGUCCACGGGGCAGCCGUCACAAAGGGCCGCUUUAGCCAUCUCAAAUAAUUUGGUCAGAGGGCCAAAAAUAUCCAGGUGCUUGUCUUGGCAAGCUCUCAACGCUGAUUCAAGGCCCUUGCGGGGGUUCCCCCCCCCCAGUUUGGUCAGGAACUGAACCAAUUUAGGAUCCACUUCGGGUGUCUCACAGACACGGCCCGGCACCAACGGGCGUGGGCAUUGAGCUCGGAGGUUACUCCGUGUAGCAUUGGAGAGGGGGCGCCUCACACUCAACUGCAAAUGUAAAGUCACAUGGCCAACAGGAACCCACUCUGCUGAUCUGGGGUGAUGCAGUUCAUCCGGGUCAAAUAGAGGAUCUCCCAAGGGAUCCAGAAUAGUGUCUGAAUGUGCCUUUAGGAGUCUGAGAUAGGGCAGGGCUAGGGUUAGGGGACUUGUCCAUAUAGUUGACAGCGGGGGAGCUGUUGCCAGACUCCGAGGCAGACUUCAUCAAAGCCUCCUCUUGAGACCCUUGGGAGUCGGUAUCAGAUAGUACUCUGGCACCUUUCCAUUAACGCAUCCAUUUUAAGGCUAUUUUGUUUGCGAAUUCAACGCUAUCUGGGAUGGCUUUAUGACCAUCAAUCAUAGAGGUUCUAGAGGCAGGCGCCGACAAGUGGCAUGAUUUUACAAUAGCCUUUUUGCCUACAGCUUUAGGGGACCUGGGCUGGUUCACGAAAGGGACUGCUUUAGAUCGAGGGGGCAGGUCCCUAGUGGGGGCAGGUUGAGUCUGCAUCAGUGCCUGGGCAAUGGACUGUGAGAGAGAGGAUGACAUAUUCCCCAUGGCAGAUAGGAUGGCAACAGACAGGGAACGCUGAAAUGCAAUAGCAACAUCUCCUGGGUCAAUCCUCCCUGGGCUCAGUGGGGGAGGAAUGGUCAUAGGUCUCAUGAUCAGAGGAAGGACCUCAACCCUGCUCCCUGCUAGAUGAGGGGGAGGUCUACUUAGACUAAGACAUGGUAGAUAAUAGGUCAGCGGCAGGCAAGGAGAGCACAGAGGGUAACUCACAGGGGGUACAGCCUUCAAAGAGCACACACAUAAGCAGAGAGGCCGGCCAGGCUGGACUGGAAGCAAAGGGGCGUGGUCUGAUGACGUCACACGCGCGGCUCGAUACCGCAAAAAACAGGUGUCAGGCCGUGAAGAAACAGGGAAAAAAGUUGGUAGAAGGUGGGCCAGGCAGGCAAGUAACAGAUCAAGCAUAAAACAAUCCUAAAUCCUGGUGCUGACAAGCAGUAAAAGCACAAACAGGUAACUGCAUACAUCAGACAGCCAGCAGGCGGUUUGUCUAAUAGGAAACAUACAUUAUAUACAGCAAUUAUUAAGUUUUAAAAGGAGGUCUGAAAAAUACUUAGCUGGCAUCCAGAGCAGAAAAGAAAGAGGAAGUUAAAUGGUAUGAUCCUGGAUUAUAGGGAUGCCUGCAUAUGAGUGGGUGGAGUUUGAGAGGUCACAUAUUGGCAUGCUUUUUUCUCAUUGGUUUCUCUUUGCUGCUAUAUGUUAAGUAAAGAAAGAGAGAUGCACAAUAUGAUUCUCUGUGUCUUGAAAUAAAAUUAAAAUUUAUGCCCAAAUGAGCCUUUUAUGAUGCUAUCACUGUAGUACUGUAUCUAUAUCCUUAUAGUGCAACAGUGUCUCAUUUUAAACAAAGAGAUACAAAUAGCAAGAUUAGAGACACAAGUUUUAAAUCUAUUCAGAGUAUUUGUAAUUGGACUAGUAUAGUGAGCUCUAAGGAAGUAUCUAUAUAUUAUAUAGAAGGCAUUAGGGCCAUUAUAUACAGUUAGCUUUGAGGGCUGAUCGUUGAAUCAUACUAUUAUAAAUAAGUAUUGUACAUCAUUGUGAAUGCUGAAUAGAAAUGUUGGGGCCAAAGACCCUGUGACAUUAAGUGUGUGUUAAAAUAUAGUACAACGUCAUAUGCAGACUUAGAAAGUGCCCAGUCAGACAAUCAUUUUCAAACCAUUUCGACUGGCAGUUAUGUCAUUUUGGUGAGUUAAUUCUAUCAGAUUGUGCACAGCAGGUGGCACUGUAGGACACACAUUGAAUGCAAUCUACCAACUGCAAGCAAAAAGUGUUUUAAAGGGCCAAUUUUCUAAAUUAUUUUCCUCUUAGAAGUUUACUUAAAUUGCACUUAACUGUAAUCAGUUCUCUCUUUUCCAUCUUCACCCUUCAAAAUAAUCCAUUCUCUGUUUGAUCACAUGUAGCUAAUUUUGCUUGCUGGAAAUCUUUUUUUAAGGUUAGAGGACAUCCACAACUCAUUGAUUCAGGAUGUAUUCGAAAACGAGAAGUGCUUAAUAAUGUGAAUAUAUUAAUAUUUAGCUAACUGUGAUGCCUUUCCAUGCAUAAUUUAUUAACAUGAUUUGUGGGUAAGUCAAGAUCAGAUUUUAUUGGGAGGCACAUUAUUUUAUAAUGGAAGUGAAUAACUUUCACUACACUACAUUGAAAGUUCCACGACAUUGAAGAAGGGUUGAACAGAGACAUGGAUGGAAGGGGGAGGGAGGGGGGAGAGACGUGAAUUCUUCAAUCCAUAGGGGAGAUGUGAGCUGAAUGGACAGUGCUACAUCUAAGGUGUGACACGUUACCUACCUGGCUGAGAUUGCACUUUGCAGAGGAAUUAAGUGUGUGUGUGUCUGUGUGUGGUUUUUCUGUCCUGAUGAAAGUUCCCCAGUGGAACUGAAACGUUGACUACUGGACUAAAGAUAAGUGUUUGGAUUUUUGGCAAAAUUCCUGGGAGUGCUGAUUUUUUCUGGCUUUAUUUAGUGCAAUCAAGCACCGGGUUUAUUUAAAUGUACAUGGGAGUGCAAGGUUUUUCUGUUUAUAUAUAUAUAUAUAUAUAUAUAUAUAUAUAUAUAUAUAUAUAUAUAUAUACACACACACACAUACAUACACGUUUUAUAACUGCCCCCCUACUUUUGUCCUAGGCCCACUAUGUGCCCCCCUAAAUAUGAAUCCUAGAGAUGCCACUGUUCAAGUUGUUGCCUUGGCCUCCAAAUUCCUCAGAUCUCAAUUCAGUUGAGCAUCUGGGAUGUGCUGGAACAACAAGUCUCAUGCCCUACCACCCAAUUUGCAGGACCUAAAGGGACACUAUAAUCACCAGAACAACUACAGCAUAAUGUAUUUGUUCUGGUGAGGAUCUCCUGCUAAUGUCUUGGUGUAAGAUACCACAUGACAUGUUCAUAGGUCUUGUGGAGUCCCUGUCUUGAUGCAUCAGAGCUAUUUGGCAGCACAAGUGGUUUUAAUGAUUUGGCUGAAUUUAGUAACUUGAAUUUUAUAACAUUUCUAUUAUCACAAAUGUAAAUGCAUUAAUCAAAGAGUGUUCUCAUAUACUUUAAUGGAUCUCAUUGCAGGUGUUCUCCAAAUGAUGCAGACUAGAAUUGGUGCCUUGCAAAGUGCAAUUGAUAGGUAUGCAUACAUACAAAUGUCUUUUAUUGGAAGCAUAUAAACAUAUCUUGUUGGUGAUAUAUUUUGUUUUUUUUAAAUUUGUUUAUAGAAUUAGAGGAAAAAUUAUUGAUCCAUACAACAAGAUUGUGUCGCGGACUGCACAGCUGGCACGUUUACAGGUAGGCUGUAUUAUCUGCGCAUUUCUGUAUUUUUAUCUAUAUAAUUUUAAACAGACAAACAGAGUUAUUCACUAAAGUGAAAUGAUGCCAAUAUAUCCAAACUGGAGCCUUAUAAUUUUUCCAGUUUGGCUACUAUAUCCUUAUGUCCUGGUAAAAUAUUUUAUAAAUAAAUGUGAAAUUCCCUUUGAAUUCUCAUCAUAGUGAAUAACCCUGAAUGUGCGAUUUACCAGGCUUGGGUAAAUAUAGCUUAGGGUUACCUGUUAGAGAAAAGAGAUAAUUAUCGACUUGUCUGUUUGCAGAUUAGACUAGUAAAUUAAUGGAAUUUGCCCUUUGCUCAUUACACCUUGAAGCCUCACUCACAUACUAUUCACAGCACCGUCACAAUCUACACUUACAAACUGUCAAAGAUAGUUAUUUAUAGCAAACAAUUCUAGAUUGAUGAUCUUAAAGUGGAGCAAUCAGGGUAGGUGUAAUUUUUUCCUGUAACUGUUCCAGUUUUAGAAAACUACCCCACAAUGAUUCAGACAUUAAGUAAACCCCUUUAUUUAAUAAUAUGCCUGGCAUGCUGUUGGUUUUAAUUAAUUAACCAUAUAUUACACUGAUUAUCAGGACAGUAUGUGGUAAGACCAUCUAACGUAUACUUUUAAGCUUUUUACCUCCCUAAGAUUCCACAGGAGAACCUCCAUCUAAUUACAUGCAGUACUUUGAAAUAUGUACCUUGGAGGCAAGAGGCUUUCAUUAGCAGAUAAAUCUUGUUACUAGGUUCAUUAUACCCAGCGCUCUCUGUCCCUGAUGCUUUCACACUUCUUCCUGCUUAAAGGGACAACUUUAGGUAUACUUACUGCCCAUUUUAAUGCAAUAUAGAGACAAUGCUUUGGAAAUCAAGAGUUCAGAAAUUCAAGUAAGAUACAUUUAAAUGUAUUUUUUUUCCUGACUGUUCAAGGAAUCCAAAUGUGAAACCCUGCUUUUUGUUUGAGACAGGCCAAACCCAGCCAUUUCCAGACUUCAUGGCUUUUUAUGGGAGAGUUAAUGAGAAUGCAUAUGUGUAUGAUAUCUUCUGAGUUCAUACAAAUUAUUAUAUUUUAUUAAUUGACUGGCCACUCUCAUCUGCUAAAAUUCAACAGCAAGUGGCUUCUUGUUUCUUGCUUUGCAUAACCCAUUUUAGUAGGCAGUAUUUGCCUUUUAUGCUUUCUCCAUGUACUAUAUCUUUUCUAAAGAGCUAUGUAUAUGUGAUUGUGUGCAUUGUUAAUUGUACUUUUUUGUGGAAUUUGUCUCAAAGGAGUAUGUUUCAGCAGGUUUUCCUUCUUUUUUCUCCAUUCUUAAUUUUUUCCACUAUUCACUCUAAAUCUGACUUCAUGAAACAGCAGAAUGAAUUUAAACCUUUUAUUUAUCAGCUAUUAAUGUGUGUUGUACGAUAAUUUUGGCUUGUGGAAGAGUCUUGCACUUAAUUAUAAUAAAUUAAUUUCGGAAAGGAACAAACUGCAUUUAGCAGUGGGUACUGAAUUCAAAUUGCAAGAAAAAAAAAAAUGCACUCCCCUCCUGCAGGUCAGCCUGUCAUUGUGCCCCCAGGGUUGGUGCGCCUUAUGGUAGCGCUGGCCCUGGAAGGGGAGGUUUAAUUUUUAGCAAAUUUGAUACAUUUUUGGCCGAAAUGGGUUAGCCCCAUUUUCGGCCGAAAAUUUCCAGAGCCGAAAUUUCGGUGCAUCCUCAGCCCAAGCCUAAUUUAUUUUACUAUAAUUGCAGGAGGGAAAUAUUUGUAUGUACUGAUUCUUAGACAUCAGCAUCUUAACCCACUUUUCUAAAGAUAAUAUCCCAGAGGGAAGUUGAGGAUAGAGCUCUAACACUACUGUGUAACCCUACUGUGGUUUCUAUCCAUCUAGAUGGUUGUUCUUUACAUGCGACUUAACAAGUCCUGUAGAUUCCAGGAUCUGGGGUGCUUUUUUUUAGCUCCUUCUGUUUUGAACGUAUAUUUAUUAGUGUGAAAGUUUGUUAAUCACAAGCUUAGUCCUUUCUGUUGCUUUUUAAAGUGUUUAAUGCUUAAAUAGGGCAUUUUAAUGUCUCUCAAGAAAGUCUUCUUUCCCCUGCCACAAGCCAUAAUGCUGCCACACAAAUGUUGUUGUGUAAAAGACACUUACCAUUAUUUGAUUCAGAAUAAUCAUGUUUUACAGUCCGCUUGUGAUUUGCUUCGGAGAAUUAUACGCAUUUUGUAUCUCAGCAAGAGACUUCAAGGUCAACUGCAGGGGGGGAGUAGAGAGAUCACCAAAGCUGCUCAAAGCCUGAAUGAGCUGGGUAAGUUGGCUCCAAUGUGUGUUUCUGUAAUGCAAUGAAACUUUUGUUUCCUUAAAGGGUCAGUCUAGGCACCAUUACCACUAUGGUGUCUUGUUGUGGGUAUGGUGCUGGGAGUCUUCUGGCGCCAUCCCAAGUGUAAAAUGUAUACUGUUUUUGAAUGGUUUGACACUUAUUUGAGUCCCAUGGGCACUACCAGUCUUGCCACUAAAAUGUCUGACACUCUCAGCCAAUGAACAGAGAGGAAAUUGAUAUAUCUGAAGUUCCCCUUCAGAAUUAGUUAUAUCAGAAGAGGACACUGGACCACUGGGAGACCCAUGUAAGCUUUUACAAUCGGUUUUCUAUGUAAUACGAGGAUAAUGCCAGGAGAGAGCUGGCACUGUAACCAUUAUAGCAUACUGUAGUGGUUAUUGGGUACAGAACCUUGACUGACCCUUUAACUCCCUUGGUCUGUGAUGGUGGAAGCAGCAUUGAGGUAACUUCCAGUAAGUAAAAUCUACCACACAGGAAUUUAAAUACUUGAUUUCGAUUAACAUAACAUUGAAUACAAUUAUUCCCCUUACUAUAUGCCCCCACCUCAAAGCUGUCAGGCAGCAGACUUGCAAGUUAUGUGUUGGCUGUCGUACAUGUGACCAAUUUUUGCUUGCAGGAUGUGUGCAAACCAAGCCCACAAAGGAGAGGGAGAGAGACUUUGCUCACUAAACAGCGAGGUUGCCAUUAGUUGUUAUUUUUGCAGAAGUUCUCUUAAUAGGGGAUAGAUUACUUGUCCCAUAAAUCCUUGAUGCACAGAGUUUUAUAGUAGAAGAUCAUACCUCACGGACAAGAAUGAGACACUCCUGAUUAGAGCAUCUCUGAUGUUACGAGUCUGCUUGUAACUGCAUUGAACAGUGGAUGCAAUAAGACAAGUUGGACAUGCACAAACUACUGGUAACGAGGGUCUUUAUCAAACAAACUUGCAUUUCUCUGCCAUAGAACACUGAAAUUCUUGCAUUUUUAUUAGUAUUGCUGCUGGGUAAAUAGAGUAUAUCAUACAGAGAUAUAAUGGAUGGAUUAAGAUGCGCUGCUGACUGCUUCAUAAGUUCCGUGUACUGACUAUUUAGAGUUUCAAGCUACACUACUGUACAUCUAUAGCAGGAAGUGAUGUCUGCAAACUAAUAUGUGAAUCUUAUUUACCCUGACAGAAUUGUUAAUGUUUUUUGAACUACGGCAUAGAUAAAUAGCAUAUGCAGAUUGAGCAAAAAUGUGUAAAGAUCUCUGUCCAGCAUACUGGAAAAAUGAAUUAUAUCUUUCUUUUGCUUGUUCAUUGUUUGCAGAAAUAUUGAGAAUUAUAACUAAUGUAGAAUAUUCCUUUUUUUGCAAUGCUUCAGGUUUACAAUAAUAGGAGGAGUAAAUGCAAUAUUAUAAGGUAUAGAAAUGCAAGACAUAAAACGUGGUAAAAUACUCUGUAUUUCUAAGGAAUACAAAAGCGUUCUCAAAAUGGCAAUAUAAUAUAAAAAACAAACUAACAAUAAAAUAUCCGACCCUCAGCUGUUAUUUUACUGCUAUUGCUUGGUAACUAGCUGCUUUGAAUUUUUACAUCAACAAGAUACAAGAGAUUCACUCUAUGGAGCUUCUGUUAACCUCUACCAGGACAGUGGGUGAUAGGAUAGCUGAGCUUUGGUAUGCAUAUGAUAGCUUUAUUGUGUCUGAUAUGUUUAAAAAGAUACUCAACUCCCCAAAAACAAAAAUCUAAAAAAAAACCCUCUAAAAAAAUCUCUUUUAAGGUAUAUCUCAGGUGAUGUGAUUCUUAUUGCCAUUCUGAUUGGAAUGUACAUUUUAUAUAGUGUAUUUUGAUGAUUUUUUUUUCUUUUUGGGGUACUAUUGAUAAGUAGUCCAUGAGACUGUUGCUCAUUUUACUUUGUCCCAUCUUGCAUGCCAAUACUUUGUCAAGGUGCUGGCUAUUAGACUUGUGCACGUAUGGAAAUUUUGUUUCAUCUGAAUAGUUUCCUCAGACAAUAAAAAAACCUAUUCAGCCAAACUGAACUGUGUCCAUUAUUUAGUUCUGUUCAUCCAAAUUUAGUUUGCAAAUUUUAAUUUGCAAUUUUAAUUUUUAACCAGUCACUCAAUAGGUAGGACCAAUAAAAUUAAUGGAUAGAACCAAGGGUUGUCGUCCCUCAAGCCCCACGCAUGAGCAGCAGAGGAGGGCUAUUUGGGGAAUUACGCAUCCUCUGUCCUUGACCUGUACUGUACCAGCGCAAACCUCAGAGGAAGCCAACCACACAACUAGACAAACACAAAGAAUCUGCAGAUGUAGCCUCUCCCUCCAAAAACACACCACCACUUACAACCAACAUACACACACACACACCUCCACAAUCAGCCUCUCACACACAAUAUACCAAGCAACCUCCAGGAAUACCCACACCACCACACACAAUUCUGCAUGCAGCCCACAUUCACACACAUAAUAUGAUAUGCAGCUCAAAUACUUGCAUAUCAUUGACAAUACCACAAACUGCACAUGCACGAACACAGUUAAACACAGCCCACAUACACACACACACACACACACACGUUAACUUUAAAAAGAAAAUUAAAAAAACUUUGGACCAGCGCUCCGAAGCACUUCAAUGGCGUGUUUUAAAACAGGGCUAUUUUUAUGGCUAUCUUAAGAAAGCAAAGUGUUUUAUCUGGUUGAAUAAAAGUUGGUGUUUUUUAUACAGUCUGAUCUGGUUGUUGAAAGUAAGUCUGUACUCUUUAUUAAUGGGCACCAACUGAAGAAAGGCCCUACAAACAUUCUUGUAUAAUGCUUAUAUAUACACCAGAAACCAUUUCUUUAUUCUCUAUGGUUUUUCUAAAAUCCAAGGUGCUAAGAAUAACAUUUAAAGGUUAUGCCUGGACAUCAGUGUAUCUGCGUUUGCCAUAUUUUUUUUAUUGGAACUUUGCAGGGCUAGAGAAUGUAAUGGAGUUCUCACUGAGAGUAGUACAUAAACAUCCCAGUGGAGAGCCAUAUCUCAGCUUGUCUCUAUUGACUCCAGAACUUGCUCUAUGUAAGGGAACACAAAUUAUGGCUUUUAUGAUCAUCUGCCUCAUGGCUUUUCUUCUAUAAUUAGUAGUGUAAAGGAUCUUGUGACAUCAUUAAUGUCUCAUGCAAUUAAAGUGCAAAAUCUAUACUUGGGAGUCUGUGACUUUUUAUUUACUACUUUUAUAUUUUCUGCUCAAACUGAUGUAAGUGUAAAUGACAUUCAUAUCAUUAAACAAACAAAAUAGGGAAUCAUUUCCUCACAUUUUGUAAAGCAUUAUACUGUAUAGAUAAUGCCUUAAACAAUGCAUAUCACGUCAAAUAUUAGAAAAAUAAAAUACUGUCAAACAAUGUUUGCAGAUCCCACCCUGAAGAGAAAGAGACCCCAUCAAUCAGGGGCUCCUCCAUUCUGGUUAAGGGACUUAUUUAUUUAUUUCGUUACUUUGGUACUUUUUUUUUUUUUAUCCCAUAAACUUUUGUCCAACAGAGCCACAUGCACAACAUAAUUCCCUUGCCAUAGUGCAGCUGAGGAUGUUUCAGGCUUAGAAAGUUUGGUUCCCUGUCAUGUCUCUCUACAUUCUUUUUCUUGUUUCUCUGCAUGGUCUUUUUUCCCCCUACCAAAUGUAUUUCUACCCAUGUCAUACUGGACGUGUCUCUCUUCUCCAGCCUUCUCUCUCUUUCCUACUUCUCUUCCGGUCUCUCUUUCAACCAACUAUUACAGAACCUACUCACGGGGCUGCACGAUCCUGGCACCCAGCACUUUGGCAUUUGGCCGCCAAUGCUCCUUGCACUUCCCAAUGUUGUCACGCCUCAUUCUGACGUCAUUCAUGGUGCGGAACACUUACAUAGUGCUUCUUGUAAAGCACGUAGAAGGCCUGGAUCACAGGAAAGGCCGGCAAACCAUCCUUUCCAGAACAGCGUGUCUCCAGCCAGAGAACCUUGCUUCUUAA